AUGACAAGCGAGUCACCCGAUCGAGAUGUGGAUCUAACCACAUCGUACCAUCCAAAGAAGCGGGCGAAAUACACCCAGAUCGCUUGCAAUGAAUGUAAACGGCGCAAAAUCAAGUGUAGCGGCGAGUCUACAUGUUCACGCUGUGCGCGUGGCAAGAUUCACUGCGUCUAUCCUACGGAUCGCACGCCAAUACAAGAGACCGAGUUCAAAGAUGCACGCGUCGGUCCCAGAUUUGACUCCGUUGACCGGCAACUGGAGAUGCUCCAGCGGGAAAUGCGGAGUAUAUCUACUCGCCUACGAGAGCUAGAAGCUUCCAGCCCGGGAUCUUCAAGACCUGCAAAGACCUCUACACCAAGGGAGUUGGAUCGUAUUUUGAACGCGCCAAAGUCACCGCCGUACGUUGGGCCAACUAGCGCGGAGUUUGGCCUCCGGCGACAGAGAGCUUCGUCUCGGAACACUGGUAGUGACAAUGAAGCUGAUGAGGACAUGCCUUUGUCUACUCCAACCCGAAGUCCUACCCCAGAGGGGACAGCUUCGCAUGCGGGGAGCGGGUUCCGCCUCGGACUUGAUGAUGCACUUCGUCUGGUGCAGGUCUACGAAGACCUUGUCGGGGUCAUGUAUCCCUGUGUUGAUAUUGAUAGUGUUCGUGCUUAUGUGCAUGAGUACUAUCGCUCGCAUGAUACGAUAUUUACUAAUGCGACUGACUCGCUGGAUAAAGGGUCGACGGAUCAGGAUUGGUUCUUUGCGAGGGAUAUUCAGGUGUUGAAAUUGAUUCUUGCAACUGCUCUGCUGGCUGAAUCUCAUGGUCGUAGUGAAGCUGCGGCGCAACUGGCGGAUAGCGUUGAAGACCGAUUUGCUAGUCGGUUCAAGGUUGCCGAGGUUGAUAUGAAGGAGAUAUUGAUCAUGACAUUAUUGUCGAUUUUUCACUCAUAUCGUGACGAUGAAGUCAUCUCCUGGCGCAUGACACGCAUCGCGACCAGUGCCUGCAUGGAACUAGGACUACAUCGGCAGGAAACCUGGCAGCGGACAGGAGGUGUCUUCCCGGGUGAGCUUGCUUGGACUUGGGCCAUGCGACUUUUCUGGUGCAUCUAUGUCCUAGAUCGGAAGUGGUCUUUUGGCAGCGGACUACCCUUUGGCAUUCAAGACAUGGACAUGGAUACAAAUCUCCCCGAGCCGGGACACUCUACUCCAUACUUGACGUGCAUGAUCUCGUAUGCGCGGUUGAGCACUAAGAUCUGGGGCUUGGUCAUGGAGUGGCCCAAACACUCUCGAUUGGCGACGGCUGAUAAAUGCGCCGAGUUGGAUGCACAGGUGCAGCAAUGGAUUUGGUCGAUUCCACGCGAGCUACGGUUCGACCCGAAUUGGCAACCUGGUACAACUGCAAGACCCGAGAAUUCACCGCAGAAUGAUCGUGCGAUGAUGCUGCAGGUUUUGCUUGCGUUGCAAGGAAACCAGCUUCGGAUCCUAGUAUACCGACAGAACUUGCAAAGUAGUGAGCACAUUUCUGCGGACGUCGCCGGUGCGACGAUAGCCGUCGAAACGGCGAAAAGCACAAUCCACAUGCUUGAGUACUUCAGCGGCGUGACAAACAUUUACUUUCAACGCCCGGAACCGUUCAACUAUUUCUUAAUCUCUGCAUUGGCUGCUCUUCUCUUGGCAGUCCUACACGCACCGAGUCGCUUCAGUCACGUCUGUCGACCAGAGUUUUAUACAGCUAUAGAACUCGUACGUCGCUCGGCGACUCGUGCACGAACAUCGCGACGCUUGCAGAAAAUCAUCCGCAGUCUGAAACACAUCCAAUUGCAUAAAGGAGGUCCAGACAACCAGGCAAACCCUCACAAUCGUCCAGCAAAACUAGCGGCUCGAGGAACCAAACGACCCGCAGAUUAUCCAGCGACACAUGUAGACUCGACGCCAUCGCGUGGUCCAUGGGAUAUCAAUCCCUUCUCCACUCCAGCUUCGCAACCGACGUCCAAUCUGCGCCCAAAUCAAAACUACGAGACAUCAACGACUUCAUGGCAAUUCUCACCCGGAACGAUGAUCGACGAGCCGAAUAUUUGCGAAGAUCUGAGUAGUUUUUUCGAGAAUGCGGGUGACCUCUACUUCGACGCACAUGCGGCUUCGGACUUGCAUUUGCCUAGUGCACCGGAUUUAUCGCUAGCUAGGGGGUGGAUAUGGGGUUCUUUUCUGUUCCUGCGAAUCCGCAGUCGCCUACUACUGCUUUUGAUGCCUUUGAGGCUGAUAAUGAGGAAUUGA